AUGGAAGCGUCGCACAAGAGUAACUCUCCAGAGACAGCACCUCAACCAAGUUCAGCAGUUCAGGGAGCUCAUCUCUCUCAUACUGCUCAACAGAUAUCAUCCUUAUCAGAAAGUGAGGAGUCUCAAGACUCAUCUGACAGCAUAGGCUCCUCACAGAAAACCCAUGGGAUUCUAGCACGGCGCCCAUCUUACAGAAAAAAUUUGAAAGACUUAUCUUCUGAAGAUAUACGGGGCAGAAAAGGAGACGGAGAAAACCCUGGAGUCUCUACUGUCACUUCUAUGUCUGUUCCGACUCCCAUCUAUCAGACUAGCACCGGCCAGUACAUUGCCAUUGCCCCAAAUGGAGCCUUACAGCUAGCCAGUCCAGGCACAGAUGGAGUACAGGAACUUCAGACAUUAACCAUGACAAAUUCAGGCAGUUCUCAGCAAGGUACAACAACAAUUCUCCAGUAUGCACAGACCUCUGAUGGACAGCAAAUACUUGUGCCCAGCAAUCAGGUGGUGGUACAGACUGCAUCAGGAGAUAUGCAGACAUAUCAGAUCCGUACCACACCGACUGCUUCUUCGUUGCCACAAACUGUGGUAAUGACAUCGCCUGUGAAUCUUACAUCUCAGACAACUAAGACAGAUGACCCCCAACUGAAAAGAGAAAUAAGGUUAAUGAAAAACAGAGAGGCUGCUCGAGAAUGUCGGAGAAAGAAGAAAGAAUAUGUGAAAUGCCUGGAAAAUCGAGUUGCAGUCCUGGAAAAUCAAAAUAAAACUUUAAUAGAAGAGUUAAAAACUUUGAAGGAUCUUUAUUCCCAUAAAAGUGUUUGAUUCUUAGGAAAGAAAUAUUUUUUUGGACUUGCCUAAAAGUUAGAUGGAUUUCUUUUCUUUUUAAUGGAGUUUUAUAAAUUAAAAGGUAAAUGAAGAUUUUUAUUUAGGUU